AGGGUGCGCGAAAGAAUGUCAUCAUCUAAAAAGCCUAAACCCAAUCCAAUCCACAGUCUGUCGAUUCUGUCGCAGCUAUCACCCACACAUACACUACUCAGACUUCAAACACUUCCAUCCAGCAAUGGUGACUCAGAGAUACACGAGUACAUAGGGAAGAAACACGCCCAGAACGGUAUUGCUCACUUCCCCGCUAUGUCUUCCUCCCUCUCCACCUCCUUUCUCCUCCGAACCCCUCCUCUAUUCAAACCCACCUUCCCCACCAGCACUACCAUUUUCUCUUCCAAACCCACACCUUAUCAAUUCCUCACCAUCAAUUCUUCCCUCAACAACAACAACAACAACAACAAAACAAGUUCCUGGGUAAGCCCUGACUGGCUCACCUCACUCACUCGGUCUUUAACGGUGAGCAAAGACGAUGACUCGGGCAUUCCCAUCGCCAACGCCAAGCUGGAGGACGUGUCUGAUCUUCUGGGCGGUGCACUUUUCCUUCCACUGUUCAAAUGGAUGAACGAUUACGGACCCAUCUACCGGCUCGCUGCGGGGCCUAGAAACUUCGUGGUGGUUAGCGACCCUGCCAUUGCUAAGCAUGUGCUGAGGAACUAUGGGAGGUAUGGCAAGGGUCUUGUGUCUGAGGUCUCCGAGUUCUUGUUUGGGUCGGGUUUUGCCAUUGCCGAAAGCCAGCUUUGGACGGCAAGGCGUAGGGCUGUGGUGCCAUCACUUCACAAAAAGUAUUUGUCAGUGAUGGUUGAUCGGGUUUUUUGCAAAUGCGCUGAGAGAUUGGUGGAAAAGCUCAAGCCCGAUGCUUUACGUGGCAGUCCUGUAAACAUGGAGGAAAAAUUUUCUCAACUAACUCUUGAUGUUAUUGGUCUGUCUGUAUUCAACUAUAAUUUUGAUUCACUUGCCACUGAUAGCCCUGUGAUUGAUGCAGUUUACACUGCAUUGAAAGAGGCAGAGGCUCGUUCGACUGAUAUAUUACCAUAUUGGAAGGUUAAAGCUCUUUGUAAAAUAAUCCCAAGACAAAUAAAAGCUGAGAAAGCGGUUACUGUGAUUAGGAGAACUGUUGAAGAACUUAUUGAAAAGUGCAAAGAUAUGGUGGAAGCUGAGGGCGAAAGAAUAAAUGAGGAGGAAUAUGUAAAUGACGCUGAUCCAAGCAUUCUUCGCUUCUUGCUUGCAAGCAGAGAAGAGGUUUCAAGUGUACAACUACGAGAUGACCUAUUGUCAAUGUUAGUUGCUGGUCAUGAGACUACUGGUUCAGUGUUGACGUGGACACUCUAUCUUCUGAGUAAGGACUCGACCUCAUUAGUGAAAGCACAAGAAGAAGUUGACAGAGUCCUACAAGGAAGAUGUCCUGCUUAUGAAGAUAUUAAGGAUCUAAAGUUCUUGACCCGCUGCAUAAUUGAGUCACUCCGUCUAUAUCCACAUCCUCCUGUCUUGAUAAGAAGAGCUCAAGUUGCUGACGUGCUUCCUGGAGCUUUCAAGGUUAAUGCUGGUCAAGACAUUAUGAUUUCUGUAUAUAAUAUCCAUCAUUCCUCACAGGUCUGGGAGAAAGCUGAAGAGUUUGUGCCAGAAAGAUUUGACUUAGAAGGCCCAAUACCUAAUGAAACGAGUACAGAUUUCAGAUUCAUUCCAUUCAGCGGUGGGCCCAGAAAGUGUGUUGGUGAUCAGUUUGCUUUGCUGGAAGCUAUUGUUGCUCUCACGAUCUUUUUGCAGCACAUGAACUUUGAGCUGGUUCCUAACCAAAACAUUAGCAUGACUACUGGAGCAACAAUACAUACAGCAAACGGCUUGUACAUGAAGCUGAGUCAACGACAAACAAAAGCUGCAUUUGCUUCCUUGUCUUCUAGGUAAGCUGUAACAUUGUACAUAAAAUCUAAUAAUAUCCAAGGGUUCUAGCACAGAAAGUGUUGUAGUAAUUUGCGGUUUUGGGAGAAAACAUAUAUUGCCAAUGUUAUGAUUCUUUUGAGUAAUAUAUAGAAUGGUGUCUACUACUUUUGAGUGACAA